ACAGCGCUAGCAUCUCAUCUUCUGCCCAGGGAACCGGUUUCAGCUGCUAGCUCGAGAUCGCAGGGGGAAAGCACCAGCGAAAAAUGGCUGGGAAGUACGGUGGCCUUGCGCUCGUCCUGGUCUCCCUCGUGCUACUGCACGGUGGCGUCCAGUUGGCGGCGGCCGCUGUGUGGAACGUCGGUGACUCGAAUGGAUGGACCUUCGGCGUCAUAUCGUGGCCCAACAAGCCCCCCUUCAAGAACUUCAGGGAAGGCGAUGUGCUAGUGUUCAAGUACGACCCCGCGGCGCACAACGUGAUCGUGGUGGACGACUUCGGGUUCGGGACCUGCACGACGCACCCCGCCAACGCGACGGUGUACAGCUCCGGCAACGACCGGAUCACGCUGCGGCGCGGCGAGACCAACUUCAUCUCCGGCAGGGCGGACGACUGCGACAAGGGCCUCAAGAUCACGGUAUUCGUCAGGCCCUAGGCCUGGUCGAUCGUGACCGAUCGAGGCAUCCUAUCUCUAGACCGAUCGUGUACUCUUCAGUCGUCAUUGCGAUCUUGUCACGCUUUUUCUUGAGAAUAAUCAGUUAUUUGUGCCAA